GAGACGCCCAGCAGACGGCGCGACAGGAUGGCCGCCUUCGAGCGCAGGUUCGUCAACGUCGUGGUGCUCGGCCUGGGCUUCAUGUUCGCCUUCACUGCCUUCCAGACCAUCGGCAACAUCGAGAAGACGAUCCUGGACAGCAUCCACGGCGACGACCCUUCUUUCUCGGGGGACGGCUACAGCAGCCUGGCCAUCAUCUACGCCGUGCUGUCGUUGUCCAACUGGUUAACGCCGUCCAUCAUCAGCGUUACGGGGCCCAGGUUCGCCAUGGAUGUGGGCGCCCUCACCUACGGGCUGUUCAUCGCGUCGUUCUUGGCCGAGAGCACGUGGCUGUUGUACGCUGCUUCUGCACUGGUGGGCUUCGGCGCUGCCCUCCUCUGGACGGGCCAGGGCGCCUACCUGGCCCAGAACUCCGACCCGGACACCGUCUCCAGGAACUCGGCCGUCUUCUGGGCGCUGCUGCAGUGCAGCAUGUUCUUCGGCAACCUGUUCGUGUACGUGGCGUUCUCGGGCGCUGCGCGCAUCGCUCGCUCGACUCGCCGGUUGGUGUUCGGGGUGCUGGCGGGGGUGUGCGGCGUCGGCCUGGCGAUGCUGGCGGCACUGAGGCCCGCCCCCGCCGUCCCCGCCUCUGAGGACGACGCCUCCGCCGGCAGCGGGCCCGACGGCCCCAUGGACGCCUUUCGCGGAGCGCUGCGACUCGCCGCCACGCCACAGAUGCGCCUCCUGGCCUUCACCUUCCUCUACUCCGGGCUGGAGCUGUCCUUCUACAGCGGUGUGUACGGAGCCAGCGUCGGCUUCACGACCCGCCUGGGCCCGCAGGCCAAGCAGCUGGUUCCCCUGGCCGGAAUCUUCUGUGGCGCCGGGGAGGUGGCUGGGGGCGUGGCGCUGGGCGUGCUGGGUAAACGAGCGACGCGUCACGGGCUGUUCCCGGGCGUGGUGGUGAGCUGCCUGCUCCACGUGGCCGCCUUCUGCCUCGCCUUCCUCAACCUGCCCGACGCGGCGCCCUUCAAGGACACCGACGACUCGGCUUUCAUCAACAGCAACGCCUACGUGGCGAUGACAUGCGCGUCGCUGCUGGGUCUGGGGGACAGCGUGCUGGUGACGCAGCUGUACGCUCUGCUGGGUGGCGUGUGGCCGCGCGAUGGCGCCUCCGCGUUCGCCAUUUUCAAGUUCGUCCAGUCGGUGGGCGCGGCGGCGAGCUUCGUGUACAGCCGGUGGCUGGGGCUGCACGCGCAGCUGGGGAUCCUGGUGGUGGGCUGCGCCGUCUCCACCGCUGCCUUCAGCCGGGCGGAGGCGUCCCUGCGGCGGCGCCACGGAGCAGGCGGCGACGGCGACAGCAGCGCCGACGGCGACGACAAGCCGGCAGUCUGCAGCCUGCGAGGCAGCAGCAAGCAGCAGCAGGCCAUGGCCGUGCUGUGCGACGCCGAAUAGCCCACGUCCUGCUCUGCGACGCGACCAGCUGCAGUGUGGAGGGGCUCCGCCGCUCCUCUACAGAUCCUGAGGCCUCCUGUGGCAUCUCGGUUACACCGCCUCAGACAUUAUAGCACAAUUCCCUCUCUGAGGCAAUGCAGUAUGUGGUACGACACGCUCCAAUAAACAGGGCAAGAGACGACGGUUCUCUACACGACACUCGUGUUCCCACACAAGCGAUACGACAAGCAGUAGGACACAGCUGACGGUAACAACCUUGCGUGUGGCACGUCUCUGUCGCGGACGACUUCCAAAUACAUCACAUUUUUGCACUAGACUAGAAAGAAGCCACUUCUUCCAGCAGUAAAAAUAAUUUUGAUAUGUUAGCUAAAUUUGGUAAGCAGUGUUGUAUGACUUGAAAUGCACCAAACAAAGCGGGCAGUGACUACAUUUUUUGCUGCGAAGUUUUCCAAAUAUGCGUUGCGUUUUUGUUCAUUUCGUAGUAUCACAAUAACCAUGGACAAACCCGAAAAGAUAACCAAUUCACUAUCAAGCUGUGAUAUUAGACUAUAAAAGCAUUUUUUUAUUAUUUUUACUGUAUAGUUUCCUCAAAAUCCAAUGAGAGAAACUGCAUAUCGGAGAACGCGCGCAAAACACACAACGAUGGUUUUUAAUCUUUUACGCACAACGUAGAAGUGUUGUAA